AUGCUGGCCGGGGAGCGCAGCGAUCAGGGAGGCAUUGGUGCCCCGAGAGCUCUUCGCCUGGGCGGUCGCGACGGACCGCUGUCGCGCGAUGGUGCUGUUGCUGCCAGUUCAGCUGUUUGGCUGGACCAGCUGGGUUCGCGGUACAUGGAAAGUAGUUUGCGUUGGCGUGCUUCCCUACUUCGGAAGAAAUUGCUACCUGAGUACCUUAACGGCCAGCCAGGGUGGCUAAAAGAAGGGACACGGUCGGGCGCUGAAGCCGACAAUGGCAAAUCAGAGCCGAGUCAGGCACGCGUGCAGCAAUCAGGCACAGCAGCGGCAGGAGCAGGUCAGGUAGCACAGAGAGGAAGGGCCAACCUUGUGUGUGUACGCAGCACGCAGGAGCGUACACUGGCUAUACAGGUUACACUCGUCUCGGAAGAGCAAAAUCUCCUUUGGGAAAAGCACGCCCUAUCGGUUCCCCAUGGUCAAAUGAACGAGAAGGACGUGCGCAUCUCUUUGUCGAUUGGCUACACUACGGAUACUCUGUGCAUAAGGUUGGUCGGCAGACCUGGUUCGCAGAUCGUUAGGGCUGCCUAUAGAUGGUCAAGGGACCCUCAGCGACAGGAGAAUGCCAAGCUGGCGGGUCAACCCCAACACUCUCGAUUGCACGGAUUACAUGCCCUACUAGGAGGUCUCGUGUGGGCCGCUGCGGGCGCGAUCCGCUUCGGCGCUCCCCGUGUGCCUUGGUCCAGCACGAGACAUCUGGCGUCAUUAUGGGGUUCCAUGAAGUCUGAACUCGCCCGAUGGCAACCUGGCCCGACAUUGAGAGCGGCGGAUGAAGUUGUCGGUGCUCUCCAACUUCCUCGCUUUCCCGCGGCGGCAACCCAAAGGGGAUUCCCAACUCCAGCACACAUAGCAGUGGAAGCAGGAUGUUACGCGAUGUAUCAGCCACAAGAUCCCCCAGUGUCCUUUCUCCCUGCGUUAUGCCCGGUGCCGACCUACACAAGGCUCAACAUGGUGGCCAUGUGCCGUUCGUUGCCCUGCGAGCACCGUCACAUCAUUGCGGUCAUUUGUCACUCCAAGUCCAUACUCCGGCUGCCGGCCGUUACGGAGUACUUGGGAGCCAUCCACCCGGCCCCUAAGCGAACCAACUCUGAUUCCUCCGCCUGCAAUGCAUAUAGUACACACGGAUUCAUUACGUUAUCCCAGGCCGGGCCUCCCGCGUCGGACGCCGAAUGCCAUCGGGACCUAUUGUCGCGCGGUUGGUUUCGCGUCACCAUACCUCUUCCCCCCACCUACCUCCCUCCCCACACGCACCCACACGCGCGCGCACACACAAACGCGCGCACUCACACGAUCAACACGAUCAACACAAUCAACGAGGAAGGUCGCUUGAGACGGAAAACCACCUUGUUCCAGGAACUGGGAAUGGACGAAUCGUAG